UCCGAUAAUCUUUCCGUUCUAUCUUUCGUUGCGAGUAUUUCUAUUUCGAUGGUUGCGAGUAAUGAAGUUAGUGAAUUUUUGAAGUUUGGAAGGUAUUAAUAAGUAAAAAUCAUAUUGAAAAUGGAUGAGCAAGGUUUAGUCGAGACCUUGAAUGCUGGUUCAAGGAAAAAAAAGCGUAAAGAUCGUUCGGAAUAUCGCAAAACGACUUACACAGAUAAAGAUCCCUUGUGCAUAAAUUAUAGAUGUCCAUGUAAUCACAAGUCGCUAAAAACUUUCAAAUGCAAAAGGUUGACAUUACAAGAUAUCAUAGAAAACAGAAAGUUGUUUUUUAAACGGCGUGGGAAGGUAGAUCAAGAUAUUUAUCUUUCUAGACUCUUAGCACCGUAUGAGCCAUUAAAUAGAGGAAAGUCAAAUCCAAGAGCGACAACGAAAAAUCGAAAGGUUAGUUGCACCUACCAUCUAUAUAUAAAUAAAAAACUGACAACAGUGUGUAAACAAGUGUUUCAAAAAACAUUUGCGAUUGGAGAAAAAAGGCUAAGAAACUUAAAUGUUAGGCUGAGUCAAGGGGAAACACCUACAGAGAAGCGAGGUGGAGACAGGAAAGCAGCCAAGUCAAGAGAGAAAAAAGAAAAGUUAAGAGAAUUCUUGAAAAAGUUACCUGCUCAGGAAAGUCACUAUAAUAGACAGAAAAGCAAGAGAAUAUAUUUGUCAUCUGAACUGAACGCUGCUAGAUUACUCCGUAUCUAUAACCUGUCAGUGCCUGAAAAUUUAAGGGUUUCCCGCACCAUGUUCCACAAUAUAUUUUACAAUGAAUUCAACAUUGGGUUCAAAUCCCCGGCUACUGACGCAUGCAGUGUUUGCAUAUUGUGGACAAAUAAAAUAAAAAAUGAAACCAACAGUCAACGAAAGCAAACAUUGAUGAUUGAAAAGAGGGUUCACAAACUAAGAUCCAAUGUUUUCUAUGAACUAUUGAGAAAACCAGUUGCCAACAGCAUAAGGCUGUGUUUUGAUUUGCAGAAGGUAUUACCAUUACCAAGAACACCUAUACAAGACGCAUUUUAUAGUAGGCAAAUCAGUUUUUACAAUUUUUGUAUAACAAAAAAGACAAAAACCAACCUGACUUUUUUAUAUGGGAUGAGACACAGGCUUCUCGUGGAUCUCUAG